AUGGUGUUAAUCAAAGCCCGGAAAGGCGCAUUAAAUGAAGCUGGAGCUGUUUCAAAGACGGUGUUCGUUGGAUCGAAGGUAUCUCGGGUCAGAUAUUUGAACAGUAUGGGGAACAAUGUCGAUGUUUACGUGUCCGCGACAUGGGACGGACAAAAGAACCGGCUUUCCUUGCUGAACGUCUAUAAUGGAGGUCUAGACCUCAAGGACAUUGAGUACUUCUACAAGAGGAACGACGUCUUUGUCACUGACAGCAUCAACGAUGUUUUGUGAGUUCACCAUUCAUUUUUCCUUGAUUUUUAGAUCUGCAUCAUAGAUAAUAUAAAAAAAUUGUUGUAGUGUCGAAGCCAAGAACACCGUUGUUGCUGGGCUAGAGAACGGAACUGUUGAGGUGUGUCAAGUUGCGAGCAAUGCAAUUUCCCGGGUUAACACAUUCCACAAUGUCCACAAGGGCUUCAGUUCAACUUCGAUCGUAGUCUGCGAUGGCGAGAUCAUUUCCGGCUCCGAUUCGGGAGAUCUGAUGCGAAUGGAUUUAACAGGAGCUUCUCAGCCCUCAGUUCUCUCUACGGUAUGAUUUUCAUUAUCUUUAUUUGGUUUUUAGGUGAGUUUUUGGAAGAAAUUAUAUUCACCAUGUUCAAUGUUAUGGAAAAUUUGUUUCAGGGUCUUUCUGCUGUCCACUGCACAACGAAUUGUGGUCCGUUCGAAUUCGUAAGUGGGCACGGGACUGGACAAAUUCAUUUAUGGGAUCUGCGACAAGUAAAUCCCACCAUGGUAACGGGCGAGACUCCGAUCUCAAGUAAACAUACUGGAACUUUGCUAGACGCUGUAACAGCUAUUGCUUCACAUCCUUCCCAGCCGAACGUGGUAUGUUAUUAAAGGAUUUUUUAGUUUCUUGCUUUUAGUUAGCCUUUGGAAUCCAAUCAGGUUCAGUUGCAUUUAUGGACAUCAGAAAUACGAGGGCGCCAAUUGCUUCGUUUUUGAAAUUGAGCAAAUUCCCGAUAAGUGAUGUAAGUUUGGGUGUCUAAGAGUUUAUUAGGUGGUAUAUUGUGGUGAGAAGGAAACAAUUUGGAGGCUCUUGAAAGGUUUAUAAUAUUAUUUUUGUCAUUUUCAGUUAAAAUUCCAUCCAAGUUUUGGUGGAAAUUGCUUUGCCUUGUCGAAUGAAAGCCUUUUACAUCUGGAUGUGAUGGAAACUCGGCAUACAAAGUAAGUUCAUACUAUUUUCUAACUAUAAAAUUAUCUUUUGAGCGAGGGUUUGCGUUUUUUUCUUCUUUUUAUAUUAUUUUAUAUUACACUAGGCAAAAAAUUUAAUGUUUUCUCAAAAUGAUCUAUAUUUCCCCAGAACUUCCGUUCCAUACAUCGAAAAUCGCCAAGUCAACGCGUGGCUAACAACCUCGGCUUGGAACAGCGUGGAUUUGAACACGUUGUUGAGCGAGGAACCCAAGCUCCUCACCAGUUUUGAUCUCUCAUCCCGCUCAAUUCUUGUCUCCUCCGACACUGGCUACAUGACCGUCCUCACAAGAAUGCAAUUCCGAUGA